AUGGAAUUCACUUUGCUCGACGCAUUGAAGGAGUUCGAAUUUCAGAUUGGCAUUGUACUGCCACGUCGACCAGUUGACUUUUUGCUGCUCAAUUUGACCAUAGACGGCUGUCAGUUUCUGGCAAAUAAAAACCAAGUGCCUUUAAUGCGGCUGGCAAGGGAAAUUCUCGAUCGUUACAGCAAUUUUCCACGGCAAUGUCCCUUUCAGCGGGGCAAGGCAUACUACAUUCGUGCCUUUCGACUCGACCUGAGCCUGAUUCCCGCUUUGACCAUGGAAACAUCGAUGCAACUGCAAUUCGCAUAUCAGCGCAAUCAGUUGUCAAUGUUGCAAGGUCACAUUGUGGCAAGUGUGCAGCGCACAAACAAUGCCAAAAAGAAAAAUGUUAUAUGA